AUCCCUUGCUCCAACCCUCCCUGCUCGACAUCGCUAUCAUGGCUGGCAACAGAAAGCAAGUUGAUACCGACAUCUACUCGAAGGAGCCUCUGUUUGGCUUCCUCCCCCGCAAAGUCAACUCAGAGCAGGUCACGAAGGCGAUGGAUGGCGAUGUCAAUCCAUUUACGAAGCGUCCCCACACGCCGCAGUACAAAAAAAUCCUGGCGGUUCGCAAAAAGUUGCCGGUGUAUGCUCAGAUGGAAGAGUUCUACAACAUGUUCAGUAAACAUCAGAUAAUUGUAAUGGUGGGAGAGACGGGAUCAGGCAAGACGACUCAGAUACCCCAAUUUGUGGCCUACUCCGAUCUCCCGCACAUGAAGAAUAAAGUCGUUGCAUGUACCCAGCCUCGACGAGUGGCAGCCAUGUCUGUUGCCAAGCGGGUUGCAGACGAAAUGGAUGUACCACUCGGGAAGCAAGUCGGCUACUCAAUCCGUUUCGAAGAUAUGACAGAGCCGGGCACUACGUUCCUGAAGUACAUGACAGACGGUAUGCUUCUUCGUGAGGCUAUGAACGAUCCGGAUCUGAACCGAUACUCAACCAUCAUUCUGGACGAGGCGCACGAACGCACGCUCGCAACCGAUAUUCUUAUGGGACUGCUGAAAUCUCUGGUUCAAAGGCGCAAGGACCUCAAGCUGAUCGUCAUGUCUGCGACUCUCGACGCCCUGAAAUUCCAGAAGUAUUUCACUGUCGAUGCGCCAGCACCAUUAUUCAAGGUUCCUGGGCGAACCCAUCCUGUCGAGAUCUUCUAUACGCAGGAGCCUGAGCCGGAUUACGUCGAGGCUGCAAUCCGAACCGUGCUCAUGAUUCAUCGCGCCGAAGACCCUGGCGAUGUCCUCGUCUUCUUGACUGGAGAGGAAGAGAUCGAGGAUGCCUGCAGAAAAAUCAAGAUCGAAGCUGAUGAUCUCCAAAAUCAGGACCCAGACUCCGUUGGCCCGAUUGUGUGUAUCCCACUGUACUCUUCUCUUCCCCCUCAGCAGCAGCAACGUAUAUUCGACGCAGCGCCAGGUUCGCAAACUCCUCACGGCCCGCCAGGUCGCAAAGUCAUUGUAUCCACCAACAUCGCCGAGACGUCUCUCACGAUCGACGGUAUCGUGUACGUUGUAGAUCCUGGGUUCUCAAAACAAAAGGUCUAUAACCCGCGAAUACGUGUCGAAUCGCUCCUGGUAUCGCCUAUUUCGAAAGCUUCAGCGCAACAACGCGCAGGUCGAGCUGGGCGAACACGACCAGGAAAAUGCUUUCGUCUGUACACGGAGAGGGAUUUCAUGAAGGAGCUGGAAGAGCAAACUCACCCUGAAAUUCUGAGAAGUAAUUUGGCGAACACGGUUCUGGAGCUAGUCAAACUGGGCAUCAAGGAUCUGGUGCGAUUCGACUAUGUAGAUGCGCCUGCACCAGAGACUCUCAUGAGAGCUCUCGAAUUGCUGAAUUAUCUUGCUGCGUUGGACGAUGACGGCAAUCUGACUGCGUUGGGUGGUAUGAUGUCGGAAUUCCCGCUUGAUCCUCAAAUGGCGAAGAUGCUUAUAGUCAGUCCUGAGUUCAAGUGCAGUCAAGAAAUCCUCACCAUUGUCGCUAUGCUUUCUGUGCCCAAUGUCUGGGUUCGACCAAACAAUCAAAGGAAGGAGUCAGAUGCUGCAAAGCAGCUGUUGACCGUUCCUGAUGGCGACCACCUCACUUUAUUGAACGUUUACAACGAGUACAAGACCAAUCAGCACGACAAGAAUUGGACAUGGUCAAACUAUCUUUCUGCUCGUUCGCUCGCUCAAGCCGACAACGUCCGUUCGCAGCUUCAGCGGAUCAUGGAGCGGUUCGAUAUCGACCUAGUGUCCGUGGAAUACAAAGAUCAGCGCAAGCAUUACGAGAAUAUCAGACAGGCGUUGGUCUGUGGGUUUUUCAUGCAAGUAGCACAUAAGGAAGGCGAGAAGGGGAGUUACUUGACAGUCAAAGAUAACCAGGUUGUUUCGCUGCAUCCAUCAUGUGGUCUUGACACUCAACCUGAAUGGGUCAUCUUCAACGAGUUUGUGCUCACCACUCGACCAUAUAUCCGCACAGUCACAGAAGUCAGACCCGAAUGGCUUCUGGAGUUUGCGACCAGCUACUUUGACCUCAAGCAGUUCCCCAAUGGCGAAACGAAGCAUGCAUUAGAACGCAUCAUAAAGAAGAGGCUGGGUAAAGCGGGCGGUCCAAAUGGCGAUGGAGGCCGGGACAGGAAACGUAGAAAGAUGUGAAUUUUUCGUGGCUGUAGAACUGCUUAUGCUUUUUGUACAUGAACUCUACUCUGCUCGUAUAGUUCUAUAUCGUGUCCGAGAAGAGAUUGACUCUGUGUGAUGCUACGUAGCGUACCUGCAGCUUUGUUACUACUCAGUUGU